GCCCACAGUCCCACGACAUGGAGCGGCCGGCGCCCUUGGCCGUGCUGCCCUUCUCCGAUCCCGCGCACGCCCUGAGCCUGUUGCGCGGCUUGAGUCAGCUGCGCGCCGAGCGCAAGUUUCUGGACGUGACCCUGGAGGCGGCGGGUGGCCGCGACUUCCCUGCGCACCGCGCUGUGUUAGCGGCCGCUAGUCCCUACUUCCGCGCCAUGUUCGCGGGCCAGCUGCGCGAGAGCCGCGCCGAGCGCGUGCGCUUGCACGGGGUGCCGCCCGACAUGCUGCAGCUGCUCCUGGACUUCAGCUACACCGGCCGAGUGGCCGUGAGCGGCGACAACGCCGAGCCGCUACUGCGCGCCGCGGACCUGCUGCAGUUCCCCGCCGUGAAGGAGGCGUGCGGCGCCUUUCUGCAGCAGCAGCUCGACCUGGCCAACUGCCUGGACAUGCAGGACUUUGCCGAGGCCUUCAGCUGCUCCGGGCUGGCUAGCGCGGCGCAGCGCUUCAUCCUGCGCCACGUGGGCGAGCUGGGCGCCGAGCAGCUGGAGAGGCUGCCGCUGGCCCGCCUGCUGCGCUACCUGCGCGACGACGGGCUGUGCGUGCCCAAGGAGGAGGCGGCCUACCAGCUGGCGCUGCGCUGGGUCCGCGCGGACCCGCCGCGCCGCGCUGCGCACUGGCCGCAGCUGCUGGAGGCCGUGCGCCUUCCCUUCGUGCGCCGCUUCUACCUGCUGGCACACGUGGAGGCCGAGCCGCUGGUGGCGCGCUGCCCGCCUUGUCUGCGCCUGCUGCGCGAGGCCCGCGACUUCCAGGCGGCACGCUACGAUCGGCACGACCGCGGGCCCUGCCCUCGCAUGCGUCCGCGCCCGUCCACCGGCCUAGCCGAGAUCCUGGUGCUGGUCGGAGGUUGCGACCAGGACUGCGACGAGUUGGUCACCGUCGACUGCUACAAUCCGCAGACAGGCCAGUGGCGCUACCUGGCCGAGUUCCCCGACCACUUAGGUGGGGGCUACAGUAUCGUGGCUCUGGGUAACGACAUCUACGUGACGGGCGGGUCUGAUGGCUCCCGGCUCUAUGACUGCGUGUGGAGAUACAACUCAAGUGUGAACGAGUGGACAGAGGUGGCACCCAUGCUCAAGGCCCGAGAGUACCACAGCUCUUCUGUCCUGGACGGGCUACUGUAUGUAGUGGCAGCUGACAGUACAGAGCGCUAUGACCAUGCCACCGACUCCUGGGAGGCUCUGCAGCCCAUGACCUACCCCAUGGACAACUGCUCUACCACUGCCUGCCGAGGCCGGCUCUACGCCAUUGGCUCCCUGGCAGGCAAGGAAACCAUGGUGAUACAAUGCUAUGACCCGGACACUGACCUGUGGUCACUGGUGGACUGUGGCCAGCUCCCACCUUGGUCCUUUGCACCCAAGACCGUGACUCUGAAUGGACUCAUGUACUUCGUCAGGGACGACUCCGCCGAGGUGGAUGUCUACAACCCCACAAAGAAUGAGUGGGACAAGAUCCCGUCUAUGAAUCAGGUACAUGUCGGGGGCAGCCUGGCUGUCCUGGGAGGCAAGCUCUAUGUCUCUGGGGGAUAUGACAAUACAUUUGAACUCUCGGACGUGGUGGAGGCAUAUGACCCCGAGACCCGGGCAUGGAGUGUGGUGGGGCGGCUUCCAGAGCCCACCUUCUGGCAUGGCAGCGUGAGCAUCUUCCGCCAGUUCAUGCCACAGACACCAGCCGGGGGCCGUGGCUUUGAGCUGAACAGUGGCAGCAGUGACAUGGAUGCAGGCCGCCACAGGCUGCCACAGAACCCUGACGAGCUGCACUAGCCCAGGCCUGGCCCAAGGGAGGGCCUUGGAGCAGGGGGCCUGGCACCUACAGAGGAAUGGGUCACCAAGAAGAGCAGUGGCUCCUGGGUGCUGACUGAGCCCCUAGACGUGUCAUGUGAAGGUUUCUGUACAUUCGGAGCUGACGUCACAGCUUCUAGGGAUGAAGCUGGUGGUGACCUGUGUGGUCAAGGACCAGUGGCUUCCCCACUAUCGCGUAUCUCUGCCUUCCGGAAAGUUACCUCCAGCUUGUAGCAUCCAACUCACCGUGCAGUGUGCCUCUCCUUGCAGCCACUUCCUGGGCCUGCUUGAUCCCAGAGCAGAGGGCAGGGUCCCUGUGACAGAAAGUGGCCUGGCCUGGAACACUGGGGACCCAGGAAGACAAAGGCUACAAAAGCGAGCUUAAACUCCACCUAGUACCAAGGAUCCCUGCAGCCAGUGCAAGUCCGAGGGGUGUCAGCCCACCUAGCUCCGCACGUCUGUUGGGGUCUCACCAUACAGGGUAGGCUUUCAGG